AACCAGUAGACCAAAUACAGGGGAGAUGAAAGACCUGGAUAUUGAACAAGGAAGAAGAAGCGAACUAAGCAGGGGACGAAAAACAAGAUUUUUAAUUUCAGAAAUUGCUAUCAGCACAGGGAAUUUGUCUGAUUCGUGA